AUGAAAAUGUUUAAAAGAAAUAAAGAUAUAAUUCCAGUAAAAAUUACCCACUUUCCUGUCACUCUAAGCGAAGCACCUUGCUUGAAGUGUGGAGAAGAGGAGCUUAGUUCUUCCAGAGAAACCAGGGCACCAGAGCUUAUUGUAGAUGAUGCCAUUGGAGCACCAAUUACUAGCAGAAAAGAUAGAGAUUACAAUUCUCCUGCAAAUUAUAAAAUGCAACAAUCAAAGAAAGAACAAGAAGGUUACAUUCAAAAAACUGCAGCUAAUCUCCUUCAGGUCCAUGCAAUAAACAAUUAUUUAGUUGCAGCAGUCCAAAAAGGUCGAGCACCAGCCAUUCAUUGUCCCACCCUUUUCCCAACACACACGUAAAAUGCAAGACUGCUUGAGACAUCUAUAUUCGUUUUUUGAUGCCCAAACUAGUCACAGGAUUGCAUGAUUUGAAUUUUAAUCAGUAUAACUGUAUGCAACCAAGAGAAAGACCAUAGAUUUGAAAAAGAUGCAGGUGCACACAAUCAGCAGUUUGAUAACCAAACUAAAUCACAGUUAUCCAGCUUCGCUUUGGUAAUUGAACAUAGAACUCUAAAAGAGUGUUCCCCAUUUUGGCAGUUUUUCCUAAUCUUAACUUAGUGAAACCUAAAUACAGUAUCAGUUCAGUAACCAAGAACCUAACAGAGCCCCACAGCAGUCAUAUACUAUCUUUGGUGUGAGAUAAAUUCCAGGUGCCAUGAAGGGAGGUCUCCGACUUGCUUAGUCUCCCUCAAUCACUACAAACGCCCCUAUAAAGUGAGAUCUCUCCCCUUAAAAUUUCACUAGAGCUAGGGAUGAAGGAGAAAAUAUUCAAUUGAACGGUGAUACUACAUUAGCAUUGUUACAUGACAUCACCAUCUAAUAAUAUGUUGACAAAUAAGUAAGUGGACCCCCACACAAAUCAUUAAGUAUCUCCUCUCCCUCCGUGUAAAACAACAACCACCCAGAAAGCAGUUUACCCGCUUGAUGUUUUAUUAUUAGUUGCACCGUUGCACUCCAUAUUUACUCCACAAUAAGAAUAAGAGCAACACAGACUUAGAUGCUUGACUAAAGUGUGACCCAUUAGUCCACAAAAGAGUUUAGUCCAGUGCCAGAUAUGGCUCUGUCGAACAUUCCUUUGUCACGAGCCAUUGACAGCUGCACGUAAGUACUGUGACAAAGCAGCUUGUGUAUUUAAAAAAAUAGAGCAAAAAGGUAUCACAGAACAAAUUUUAACAUUGGAAAUUUGAAACCAACACCAAUAACACAUUCGACAUGAAUUUUUUAAUCUCGGUCAUAAUUCCAAUAUAUAUGUAAUAUCCGAACCACUUGACGGCACCAUUGGGGAAAAGAAACACAGAUUUAGAUUUCAAUGAGGGACAUGAACUUAAUUUGAAGCGAAAGGAAGAGGGAAAAAAAAUGAAACCCUCAUACAGAUGGUAACUAAAUAAGCAGAAGCA